AUGAAGUUGCCACCAGAAGCUGAAUGGAACGAGAUGGAAGAAGGAGAGAAUUAUUUCGAUUCGAUCGAAUGUUUUAAAGAUUGGCCAUGCUCGUGGAUAAAACCGGAAAGACUGGCAGCAGCUGGAUUCUAUUACAUGGGCGAAGAAGAUAAGGUGAAAUGUUUCGAAUGUAAACUUGAAAUAAGCAAAUGGGAAACAAAUGACAAUCCAAUGGCCGAUCAUCAACGGUGGUCCAGACGAUGUCGAUUUGUUGAAAACUUAUCCUACGGCAACGUAGGCAUUGGUGUGGAUUCUAGCACAAUUCCGAAAAAAAUGGACGAAGCAGACGAGAAACCCACGUGUUUUAUGUCCGUUUCCGAUUUAGAUGAUGUUACCGAGAACAUUCGAAUGUUAAACAAAAUAUUGUCAAAACCGAAAUAUCCACAAUUUGACACUUAUGAAGCAAGAAUCAAUACAUUUGAAGCAUGGCCAAAAUCAUCAAAACAAACAAAACAAGAUCUGGCAAAUGCUGGAUUUUAUUACACGGGAAGAGAUGAUCAGACGUUGUGUUACUAUUGCGGAGGAAGAUUGAGAGAUUAG